CAUUUGGAGCGCAGCCGCUUAUAACUUGCACCGGCACAUAGAUCAGAGAAGAGCUCUGACAGUCGACCGCUCAUCCCGGGAAGAGGGCAGAAGUACGUGGACAGGCAGAGUCAAACCAUCCGGCGCGUCCACACACCCAGACCUGAUUCAGACGGGACAAGUGAAGUUUUUUUUGACGCACAGACGCGCACGAUAAGCAGCGCAGGGACCAGACUUGGACCUGAGAGUUUACCUAGAUCCUACUCGCAGCCUAUCAUGGAGCGCAAAAUCCCCGAUUUCGCCGGCACCUGGGAGAUGAAGAGCUCUGAAAACUUCGAGGAACUCUUGAAAGCUUUGAAUGUGAACAUGAUGCUGCGUAAGAUCGCGGUGAAGGCAGCCUCCAAGCCGCUGGUGGAGAUCACGCAGGAAGGAGAGACUCUGUCUAUUAAAACCUCGACCACAGUCCGCACCACCAACAUCACCUUCACUGUGGGGCAGGAGUUCAAUGAGGCCACGGUGGACGGACGUCCCUGCACGAGUUUUCCACGUUGGGAAACAGACAGUAAGAUCAGCUGUGAGCAGACUCUGCAGAAAGGAGAGGGGCCUAAGACAUCCUGGACCCGAGAGAUCACCAAUGACGGCAAGCUGAUCCUGACCAUGAGAGCUGAUGAUGUGAUUUGCACCAGAGUCUAUGAACGACAGUGAACAAGAGCACUUCUAACUUUUCGUCCUUCCAGCUCCCCUGUCCUGCAUCACCACUUGCGCUGCUACUCCCCUUUGUCAAGGCAGCGCUGGGAGAUAGCAGCCUUUAGUUUUAUUCCAGUGUCUCUGUUAGCUUCACUACACAAGUGUGGUAAUUGAACCUAGUAUGUCACAUAUCUACACAAUAGUCUUAGCUUCUGAGUUAUCUGUCUUUCCAGCUCCAUCAAAUGUAACCAGCUGGGUUCUAAACAUGGAAAUGUAUGUUGAAUUUUUUUGCUUGAUUUGCUUAGUGAAAGCUCAUGUAUUUGGCAUUGUGUUUGUGUGUGUGUGCGAGCGCGUGUGUGUGUUUGUGUGUGUGUUUGUGUGGCAGCAGAAGAGGUGUGAGACUAUAUCUGUAGAUGUGUAAACCAAUCUAUGAGCUCUUCCAGUUUCAGGUCAGUUUGAUGUGCCCCUCGCUCUGUAUCUUUAGGCCUGUCCCACAACUUUAACCUUUUCUAUGUCAUGAUGCCUUUUUAUAUUUAUUACUACAGUAGAGUCUGAUACAUUACUGCUAAGGUUUUUACUUUGUAUCUCUUUUAUAUGAAAUGUGAUCUUAGGAAACAACACCUUCUAUGGGAAAACAAUA